GGGAAAGGAGAGGCGAAAGCAGACGAGAGUGAGUGGAGAGGCUGCGUCACUACUUGAUUGAGAAGUUUCAGCGGACAGAAGUAGAGACAAUCUCGUUCGCACCUCCUGGCCUGAGGAGUAGACGCGACCCUGCGGCAGCUCCGCUCCCAAUCGACCACGAGAACCACCUUCCCGUCUGCAGUUCCGCCUUGCAUCGUUUCCCUGAGCAAUGGUUGACCGGCUGAACGAGCUUCGCGACCUCGCACGUCAGAAGAACGUGGCGGUACCGCCUCUGGGUCCUGCAAGUGCGGGUCGUGACCUGGAGGCGCAGAGGGCCGAUGCGGGAGGGACGGGCGGGGCGGGAGGUGCGGAGCAGGAUGCCUCGUUCAUGGCCGACUACUUCCAGAAGAUAGGCCGGCUCAAGACCUCCAUUGGCACCGUCAGGCACAACGUCGACAAGAUUCGCAGCCUCAAGCAGGCGGCUAUACAGGCCACUUCACCAGAGAACGAGAAAGGCACACACACACGGCCGCCAGCCAGUCAUUCGACGCACACGAGCGUACACACUGCUACCGCUCUCUCUGUGUGUGUGUGUGUCGAUCAGAGAUCAGCAAUCAGCUGGAGGGUCUGUUAGAGGAGACCAACAAGCAGAACACGGUCAUCAAGAAGGCCCUCGAGGAGAUGAAGCAGGAGAACACCGCCUUCGCACAAAAGAACAGAGACAGUUCGGAGGCCCGCAUCCGCGAGAACAUGCAUUCGGCGCUCAUGCGCAAGUUUCGCGAGAUCCUCACCGAGUACCAGGCCGUCCAGACAGAGUUCAAGCAGGACGUCAAGACCAAGGUCUCACGGCAAGUCCGCAUAGGUACGCAGCAGCCAAUGCAUUCAUUGUCCACGUCGGUCGCCCACAUGUGGGUCCACGCGUGUGUCGCGUGGUUGGUUGAUCCUGUAACUAACUAGUGUACCCGGAGGCGUCUGAUGCUGACGUGAGUGCGAUUGUGGAUGCGGGCGACAUGUCCUCAGCGGCCGUCAUCAGGGCCAGAAUAGGCGGGGUGAGUGAGGGAGUGAGUCGGUGACAUCCAUAACCAAGAUACCUCCAUCCCGUCAUGUGUGUUGUGUCUGUGCCUGCCUGUCUCGUCAGGGUCACGAGAGUCUGAAGGGUGCGCUGUCGGACCUGCAGGACAAAUACAGAGACAUCCGGAAACUAGAGCAAAGUAACACUGACCCCAAACACACUGACUGACCUCCAGACAUGCAUUGAAUGCAUGUGUGCCAAUCCAUCUUUUGUUUGUGCGUGUCUGUCAUUCAUUCAGGUGUGGCCGAGUUGCAUCAGAUGUUUGUCGAGCUGGCGACUUUGGUGGAGGCGCAGGGCGAGCUGCUCGACCAGAUCGAAUACUCCGUCAACUCGGCCGCAGAAUACGCAAGUAAGAGACGGCCAUUCACGUGCAUUGCAUGCCCACCUGGACGCACUCCUGGACGUGUGCCUGUGCGGCUAUCUGUGUGCAGAGAAGGGGGAGCAGGAGCUGGUGCAGGCCAGGAAAUUCCAAGAGAGGGCCAGAAGGGUAAACCACACACUGCACACACACACACACAUACUAGGUACCUUGCUCACACCUGUCACAUGGCCUUUGUGUGUGGGGGGGGCGUGCAGAAUAUGUGUUGCCUGACGGUGAUACUGCUCGUGAUCGUUAUCAUCAUUCUCCUGCCCAUCCUCCUCACCACCAGAUGACACACCGAGCAGCGACCGAGCGGCUGAUUCUGGUGCCCGCAAGUUUUGUUGUCGGCGACGCAGAGAGGACUUUUGCUUGAAGCAUUGCUGUGGCUGUGCGGCUUCUUUGUGGAAGGGGUGGACCCUCUUCCCUCGUGUGUGUAUGCGUGUAUGCCCACAUGUGGCUGCGCAAUUAUUGGGAGGGAAAGACACACUGGAUGGAUCAGUGUGCGUGGUGUGCCUGGUUGGCUGCCUUGCCUUGCCUUGUCUUCUCUCUUGCUUGAAAGCCUCCUGCUCACCCUCUACCUAUCUUCAUAUGUGGCUGGCUGGCUUCGCGCUGACCUGCCUAAGUUUGUGUACAUAUGUGCGAGCAGAGAGAGGGUGAGUUGACACACAAUUCGACCGCCCCCCUGAUGCAUUCCUGCUCGAAUGAAGGUUAUUUUCAUGAAUGCAUUGGUUGCAC